AGAAGCGCUUCGCUUUGACGCCAUUCUUGAUUGUCAAUUUAGAUCAGUUUUCUUGUAGUGAACGGUGACAACGUUUGUAAUCGUUAAUACUUGAACAAAUUUAAUUAUGACUUCGCAUCUCGUGCCAGAAAUCCCGCUGGCAGGCUUUUCUUUCGAUCUUUGUCAAAGGAACAAUGCAUUGAUCAAGAAAGGCUUUGCUGCCCCAAAAGCAGUGAAGACAGGUACUACUAUUGCUGGUAUAGUAUACAAAGAUGGUGUUAUUCUUGGUGGUGAUACAAGAGCCACUGAGGAUACCAUUGUGGCUGAUAAAUACAGUUUGAAGAUCCAUUAUCUGGCUCCUAAUAUGUAUUGCUGUGGAGCAGGUACUGCAGCUGAUACUGAAAUGACCACUGAAAUGAUAGCUAGCCAAUUGGAAUUGCACCGUCUAAAUAUUGGCCGUAUUGUUCCUGUGUGCACUGCCAACACAAUGAUAAAGCAAAUGUUGUUCCGUUAUCAGGGCCAUAUCGGUGCUGCGCUUGUAUUAGGUGGCUAUGAUCUCGAUGGGCCUCAGUUAUACUGUAUUUUCCCGCAUGGUUCUACUGAGAAGCAAAAGUAUACCACCAUGGGAUCUGGUUCAUUGGCUGCUAUGGCAGUUUUUGAAAGCAGAUGGAAGCCAGAUCUAUCGGAAGAGGAGGCCAAGCAACUGGUGGCGGACGCAAUUCGCGCUGGUGUGUUCAACGACCUGGCAUCCGGUUCAAACGUGGACCUUUGCAUAAUCCGCAAGAGCGGUGUUGAAUAUCUACGGCCGUAUGACACCGCCAGCGUGAAGGGUCAGCGACAGUUCAACUAUCGCUACAAGCACGGUACCACUGCGGUGCUCACCAAGACGGUAAAACCGAUCAUUGUAGAGGAGGAGACGGUGCGCACGAUCAGAGAGGAACCGAUGGACACUUCCUCAUGAAGCUCCGUAUUAACUUAAUUCGGUGUUUUUAGCCCUAAACUUAAGUCAUAAACGAAUUCUGCAGGCGAAUGAAGUCUCUUUUGUAACAUGCAGUCGGAUGUUUAUAAUAAAGAUCAUAAUCGAAGUCGUGCGAAGGCAAAAUGUACGAUUUUUAGAUUAUAAUUUUCCGCAAAAAGAGACGAGCUACGAUGAAAAGUUAGUUAAAAUCAAACGAUAUUAGUGGCAAUUGUAAGCCACACUUUAAAAGAAGAAUGUAUAUCGACGGCUCGCGAAAGUAUUGAUAAUUUUCGAGCCGGGAAAAAAAAUUGUAACAAUCUCGGGAUUACUUUUGGGAAAGAUGUUAAACGUUAGAAGAGCCCAGCGGCUUGCUUGAGCCGCUGUCUUUUCCAAGCUGGCAGCUUCUCGAACUCUGCGGGCUCCAUCUUGAAGAUCGCGAUGAAGUUGUCGAAGGUCAGAUGCAUCUCUUUGCGUCGCACAUCAACGCCGGCCGGCAAGUUCUCCGGUUCGCUCUUCAGCACCGCCAAUGGAUACUUGAUAUAAUUGUCAAAGUCUGUGGUUACCUUUGUGGCUGUCUGAGUCCUUACCGGUUGCUCCCUAUCUUCCAGUAGGCCGCAGAAAGCCUCGAAUGAUUUAUAAUCCCUCAGCAGAUUGUGAUUCCAGUUGUCAAAGAGCCCGAUGAAUGUGGCCGGUUCCGAACCUGAAGAGCGUCGGAAUCCCAGGUGACGCGAAAUAUAUCAGUUUGGAUAAAAAUGAGCAAAGAAAAUAUCUAAGAAGAAAAUCUAGAUCUAAAGAGAAGACCCACGCAUUUAAAAGACAUCCGAUGGAUUAAAAACUCUUGGAAGUCCUUAAGACGGUUCUCACGUCAUCCGCAAGAGACGCCUUCGGUGUUCUCCUCGACGGCAUCGAAAGCGAUGCUUGGAACUCACCUUGCUUGAUUAUAGAAAUUGUCGUAUUGCGAUUUCGACCGGAAGGGUGCGUGUAGAGGUACACCGUGGCGUCCUCGACGCACUCCUGCAGCGUCCGCGGGCUGGAGAACUUGCCCACCCACACCCAGAUCACGUUGCCAGUGUCCAAUAGCCAAACGGCCUCCGGUAUCAGAGAAUUCUGCCGAAAUCCGAGGACCUCCUCGCCCACGAAAAGGCCGUUCUCGGUUCUGCACUGGAACAGAUGCUUGUCCAGCUCUUCGCCAACUUCCUCGGUCUCCGUGCUAAGUCAUCGCUCUCUUUGCCUUCGACGAUGAGAGGAGCAUUCCUGGGUGCAAGACGUCGCGAUGCCUGUCUGGCGUCGCCGGUGCUCUUGCCGCCACACCAGACGACCGGCGAGUUGGAGAAGAGAAUGAACACCGCGCUGGAGUCCAAGCUGCUGGCUCGCAGCGGCCGCUCCACCGCCUUUGAGGUAUACGGCGUCGAUCCGAACACUCUGACCAGAUAUUUGUUCGGUGCUGCAAGUGGAAAAUAACUUUAUUAUUACAAUGGACUGUGUCACCAGGUUCUCU